AAAAAAUCUGUGCAGGUUUCGUAUAGCCAACAAUUUUAACUAUUUCAAAGAUCAUGUUGACUGAAAUUGCUUUGCUGUAUACGUCAAUGUUAGUCGCUGCGUCCGUUAUCAGUAUUCUCAUCUGCGGAUCAGUGGUUUCUUAUCAUGUCUGCUACUCCAGCAGGUGUGGAAAGAAGAACAAACUACUUGCGCCUUCUAAAAUGAACAUUUCGGUUAACCUACCGGAACCAAAAAAUUCAGAUAACUGGCUUUCGGAGCUAAUCAGCCGGGAUCUCGGGCAAGCUUCUCACGGUAACAGCAGCAGAAAUGCUGAACUCGAACAAGAUGUAAUCAUUAACAAUACUACUUCGCUAAGGGGAACGACUUCUAAUUCUGCUUUGUUCACUAGUUUGACGCACUUUCUUCUUGCCACAGGUUACAUAUUAUAUGGCGCGUUCUUGAUAAACACCAAUAAUGAUAUGCUUGAAAGUGGCGAGCCGGAAGGAGUUCCAACCGCAUUUCCCACCGACACUUUGUGUUCUAUGAAAUAUCUUCUGUCUUUUCUAUUUCACAUCUCUGCUCUUAGCUCUGUCGGUACAAGUUACAUUACUCGCCGCAACAAUUCACGAUACCGUGGUUUAUGUAGCUUCAUCGUUAUAUUAUUGGCUACACUCAUUUCUACAACGAUCACCGCUUCUACCAUGAUGAUGGUAGGCUUAAGCUAUCUGCCGAACGUCAUUUUGAUUUUAUUCCUGCGUUACCUCGCUGAUAAUACAGACCCCGUUAUUUCGGAUCUACAGCGUUAUGUAGUUUUGUAUCCACUCUGUGAUUUGGCUGACACCCCAUCAUUUAAAGACAGCAAUGAAGAAGGACUAGAAACUUCUCUAGCGGCAAUUGUACUUUUCGGGGCUGUAAGCUGUGGUUGUCAACUGUACAUUGCUCUUUUCCAUCUCGGUUAUUUUACUCACUCAACUACACGAAAUAGAAGAUACGAGAAUUUCGAAAAUAUCACCAAUGAUGAAAUUUUUCACACAAAUUAAAACUGGAACCAUGACAAAUUGAUUGUAAUCAUGCGUGGAUGCAAAGAACUCG